UUAAGGUUUUCAAUCAAAAUUUUCCAAAUUGUAUUCUGUUCGGUUUUAAUAGCAAAUUGAAACUAAUUGAUUAAAAUUUAUUCAAUUUAUUACAAAUGACGCUGCUGCGUGGUUUUGACAAAACCUGGCUAGUUGAUGAUUCGAGACACAGUCUUGACUUCCCAAAAGUAGACCAGCAUCAGGAGGGCAGAAAUUUCAUCAGGAAUGAAAAUAACGUCAAAUCUGAUGACGAAGAAAAUGACGAUGACGACGAUGAGACAAAAACAUCUCAACGGAGCUUUGUGAAGAAGUUUCCACCCGUUAUCAAGCCCAAGCACCAAGUGCCCGUCCUGCGCUACCCUGUGGAUGCAAGGAGGAGCAAGCGGGUGUUUGAGAUCACCAAUGCCAGACUGAAAGGCAGGAGGGCCCUGUUCCCAGUGAAGAAGAAGAUUCCCAUACAGCGCUUGAUCCCAUUGACUAUAGUGGCGGAGAGCGAAGACUUCAGGGUGUUGCAAGAUGGGGAUGAGUGGGAGCGAGUGCAGUUUGCGGUGAAGGAGAGAGCGGCUGGAUCUAAAGAACAUCAUGACGUUACUGAAGAGGAGCAAGUGAGAGUCGGUCCAUACAUGCUAUGCACAAAGUGUGCCGGCUUCAACACUAAGCCACAGAGACCGGCCUUGUCCGAUGGGAAGCGAGGAGGUCUGGGGGACACGAGCAUGUACCAGACAUGGAGGAGUAGUCUUCUGGAACUGCAGCCUUAUCUGGACAUGCGAGACAAGAUGCAGAGAAACAGACUGAAAAAAGGGCAGAAGGAGAAGAGCGAGGAAAAGAAGGACGAUGAGGGCAAUGAAGAAAAGGACGAUGCAGAGAGAAACGAUCUGAAUUUCGACAACGCGUACUCUCUUCUAGCUGAGGCGAUGAAAAAGAUAGAGACAAGCUCGAACAAGACCCAGAGACGUUUGAGGAGUGCAACCAACAGUUCACACAAGUUCACUCAGUCGCACAGGGAUAUUAGCCGAAUCGAAGAAGUUGAGGGAGAGAUAUCGGAAGAAAACUAAAGAACACACUCGGUGAAACAUAA